CUGCAGGCCCCAAGCAGGAGAAGAUCUAUGAAUUUUGGCGAAUGGUUUGGCACGAGAAUUGCUUCAGCAUUGUUAUGCUUACCAAACUGGUUGAAGUCAAUAGGAUGAAAUGCUGUAAAUACUGGCCCGAUGACAUGGAAAUGUAUGGUGACAUUAAAGUAACACUAUUGAAGACAGAAACCCUGGCAGAGUAUACGGUCCGCACCUUCGCCAUGGAGAGGAGAGGUUACCCUGCCAAACAUGAGGUGUGCCAGUUCCACUUUACUUCCUGGCCUGAGCAUGGCGUGCCCCAUAAUGCCACUGGCUUGUUGGCUUUCCUCCGUCAAGUUAAAGCCUCAACCCCCCCCGAUGCCGGACCUGUUGUCGUCCACUGCAGUACGGGGGCAGGUAGGACAGGUUGCUACAUUGUGCUGGAUGUCAUGCUGGAUAUGGCCGAAUGUGAAGGAGUUGUGGACAUCUACAACUGCGUUAAGACCCUUUGCUCCCGUCAUAUAAACAUGAUCCAGAAUGAAGAGCAGUACGUGUUCAUCCAUGAUGCCAUCCUUGAGGCUUGUCUUUGUGGGGAAACCUCCAUCCCUGUGUCAGAGUUUGCUCUGACCUACAAAGAAAUGCUGAAAGUUGAUUCUCAGAGCAACACAUCACAACUGAAAGAGGAAUUUCAGACUCUGAACUCUGUCACCCCUCACCUGGAUGUAGAGGGCAGCAUCUCUUUGAUGCCAACGAAUAGAGAGAAGAACCAGAGUAUGGACAUUCUGCCUCCAGAUCGCUCUCUGGCCACAGAGGGUGAGAGCAGCAACCGUAUCAAUGCAGUGCUCGCCAACAGCUUCCUCCAGCCUGCUGCCUUUGUGGUGAUGCCGCAUCCGCUGCCUAACACCACCACUGACUUCUGGAGGCUCAUAUAUGACUACGACUGUACCUCUGUAGUGAUGCUGAACCAAUCCAAUUCUGCAUGGCCUUGUCUUCAAUAUUGGCCUGAGCCUGGAAUACAGCAGUUCGGGUCUGUGACUGUGGAGUUUUUGUCCAGGACUGCAGAUGAGGACGUUAUUAUCCGUCUGUUCCGGAUACAGAAUAUCACACAGCUUCAGAAGGGUCCGCUGCUCAUGAGGCACUUUCAGUUCCUUCGCUGGUCUCCAUAUCGUCAUGUGCCUGAUUCCAAGAAAGCUUUCCUUAGACUUUUGGCUCAGGUUCACAACUGGCAGAGAGAGUGUGGCGAAGGACGUACUGCUGUUCACUGCCUGGAUGGUGGUGGUCGGAGUGGUAUUUUCUGUGCCUGCACCAUAACCUUGGAAAUUAUUCGGCAUCACAGCAUGGUGGACGUAUUCUUUGCUGCAAAAUCACUGCGCAACUCAAUACCAAACAUGGUGGAGACAAUGGAACAGUACCAUUUCUGCUAUGAGCUGGUCCAUGAGUAUCUCAGCUGUUUGGAAGUCAGAUAGCAAAAAAUCUUUUUUUACUGAAUACCUUACCAAGGAAAGGGUCCAGAUCAAGGAUACUGCUUCCUCAGCGUUUUCCUUGCGCCUCAUUUCAUCACUCUUCUGUUUGGAUAUUUUGCCCCCAUGGGAUGAAAACGAGUUCAUCAACCCUAAGGCUCACAGAUUAUAACAUACCAUUCAAAAGAACCCACUCCUGCUUCUUCUCUGCACCUGAUUCAAGCCUUCCAGACAAUUGGACUUCAACAGGAGUGUUGUUGAUUUUAAUAAGAUGUCUGUCUAGGUAUCCUGGCUGAGAUCCUCUUUUUCCUGCCAUACUAUUAAUAAACAUUAAAGAAUGAACAGAUGCCAUUUAGUGACUGACUUUUUGUGUUUGUAACACUGUAAAAGGUGCAGUUUGCUGUUUUGUGUUGUGUGCUGUUUUGUGCAGUUUGCCCCCAGUGUUGUUCUGUACUGUGGUGAAAAGGAAUGCAGAAUUUUUGUUAAAAGUUGUUUUCACUUAAUUAGUUUCUGCCUUAAUUUUACUUUAUUUAUUUGUAUUUGUGGAUGUUUCUAUUAACUUUUCAGAUAUUUCUUGAUGUUUCUAAAGUCUUAUUAACCGUGCCAGUCUUAAUUGUUUCAAUAUAAUUUGUGACCCAAGUCUACUUCAAUAGAUUAGCGAAGAAUAUGAUGCUCUCUGGCUUUGUUUUAUGCAAUGUAUUUGAUUUUCUAAAUUGUCUAUAACACAGGGGAAGAAAUAAAAUAUAUGCUUUACAGCAGU